UCUAGUUAUUUUACUGGUUUUAUUAUUUUUUUCAACAGGAGUUCUUUUCAAUUUCUUCAAUUCACUUUUCUACUCUGCUAUGGUUCUUUUAAACAAAAAAGAGCCUAAAACUUCAAGUACUGGUGACAAACUUCCAUAGUAAGAAACAACCAUUUUAAGAGUUGAAGAUAUCCGUCAUUAGACCAACUAUUUCCAAAUGCAUGCCAACUAAAGAGCUCCAGAGCUUCUCCUUUAAUCAAUUUCUGAGCCAAAUAUAUGUCUUGUCAAGUGGCGUUAGUAAAUGUACAUAUCGUGUCGUUAUAAUAAUUCUACUUCCUGGAUCAAACCAAUCAUGAUUUCCUGCUAUUGCAUUGAUUUGUUCCACUCCAUCUAUACUAUCAAUGAUGACAAGUACCCUUCUACGUCAAAAUUUUUGUUUUAUCAGACUGAUACCUUCAUCAACACUGCUUAUUUGAGAUAACAUUUGCGUUUUGUCAGAUAACAUCUGCUUCGCGCCCUGAAAGUUGAAUUCGUAUAUCAGUACAUGCUGCUGCUGGCACUGGACGUGAAGAAACAGACAUACCGCCGGCCAGGAAGGAAAGGACAGAGACCAUCCAAUAGAUUAUAACAAUGAACUGUUGGCGGAGAGGUCCAAGUCUGUUGGAAGAUAAAAGAAUAUUUCCGAGUUCUUUCUUCUCACUUCUGAAAAAUAUCUCUAAAACUAAAGAAAACAAUGGCAAAAUCUCUCGUCGUCUUCUCUCUCCUCUUCCUCCUCCUCCUCCUCCUCAUCUCCCCCCUAACCGCUGACCCGAACAUCCCGAACCCAAAACCGAGCCCAUCUCCGGCCCACACCGACCUCACCAACUACGGCUUCCCAAUCGGCCUCCUCCCCAGCGCCGUCAAGAACUACACCAUCAACCGCACCACCGGCGACUUCAUCGUCGAACUCGGCGGCGCGUGCAAGGUCACCCUCCCUUCCGACAACGUGGCCACCUACUCGAAGAAAAUCACCGGAAAGAUCGUCGUGGGCAAAAUCACCAAGAUCAAUGGCAUCAGCGUCCGGGCCUUGUUCCGGUGGCAGCCGAUCACCGGAAUCCGGUCGAGCGGCGACAACUUGGUGUUCGAGAUCGGCACGGUCUCCGUCAAGUACCCCACUAAGAACUUCGAUGAGAGUCCCGCUUGCGAGGGCCGCCACUCCUCUUAGCAGG